AUGUCCGCAAAGUACACCAAUCGUGCCUGCGUCUGGGUCGCUGCCAACACCCUUGAGAUCCAAGAGCUCCCUACAAAGCCUGUCGGGCCCGACGACGUCUUGGUGCAAGUGAUGGCCACGGGUAUUUGCGGAUCCGACGCACAUAAUUGGAACAGCGCCCAUGUAUCGCGCCAAUUAGUCCUCGGUCAUGAGUCAGCUGGGAUCAUUGUGGAAGUCGGUUCCAAUGUUGACAAAUCCCGGGUUGGUCAACGGGUUGCUAUGGAGCCUGGAUUUGCGUGCCUGAAAUGCGAAUCCUGCCUUCAAGGAAAGCAGAAUAUCUGCACGAAUCUUGCAUACUGUGGACUGGACCCCACUGAUGGAACGCUCCAGCAGUAUUUCAUCUGUGGUGCCCAUAUGGCAAUUCCCAUUCCUGACAAGAUAAGCUGGGAAGAGGCUGGGGCCAUCCAACCACUUGCCAUCGCCGUCCAGUUGGGUCGGCGGGCAGCACUAACGGCAAACAAAACGCUGGCCAUUUUUGGAUGCGGUCCCCUUGGCAUACUUGUCAUCGCGGUCGCUAAAGCGUCCGGUGUGCGGAAGAUCAUCGUCUUUGAUGUGGAGCAGUCUCGAAUGGACUUCGCCGUCCAGUAUGGUGCAGAUGUGGGAAUCAUUUCUCCCAAUAAUGAUGGAUCAGAUGACGCUUUGGAAUUCGCGCAGCGCUUCGUGGCUCAAACUCUCAAGGAGCAGGGAUUGGAUCACGGGGUGGAUGUCAGUGUAGAAGCAAGUGGGGUUGAAAGCUGUGCUCAGAUGGCCAUCGCCAUUUUGAAACCUGGAGGGACAUGCAUCCAAGCGGGAUUAGGAAAGCCGUUGACAGCCGUCCCACUAUUGAUGCUGACAGCCAAGGAGCUGACGAUAAAAGGAACGGUUCGAUUCACUCCAGGGUGCUACGGUGACGCCAUCGACCUAGUUAGUCGAGGCAAAGUCGACUUGAGAUCCCUAAUCACCUCUACAUAUCCUUUGACCCGAGCAUCAGACGCCUUUGUUGCGCAGCAUGCCCGAAAAGAUAUCAAGAUAGUGAUUAUGAACCAGGAAUAA